CCAAUCGGUGAUACCGUCAUGAGACUCUUAACCACUUUUGUGUCAGUAAUUCUUCUGGCUACCCUCAGUGGUGCACAACAAACAGAGACUACCGUCAAUGUCUUGCAAAAAAUUUAUCACAGAUGCGCAGAUAGCGAAUCCAUGUUAUCUUGUGUUAAACCAAAGGUGUUGGCUUACCUCACCGAUGCUGCGAAACAAGACAGAUUGGCAAUUACGGAGAAUUUAGCGGUGGUUAAAUCCCGUGACGCGCCGGCAGAUAAUGCGGAAGAUUACUCGCAAUAUGAUGCCGCAGAUCCAGCCAAGAGGAAACUCCUGCGAACAUUGAUGCUCGAGAAAUUGGACGCGUAUCUGUCGAGCCAUCAUCUUGAGGCUAAACUACCGGAAGCGAUAACGGAAUCGAACAUUGUUCCUAGAUCUUUAGUCGACAGUAUGCCAAAGAGUCUUACCGUCCCUCUUAGUGAUUCUUCUAAUGAGCAAGGUCGUGGUUUUGUUAAGAAAGUGAUGAUACCAUUUUUGCUUGGGCUCAAAUUCAAAGCCACCGCUUUAGUACCCCUUGCUCUUGCUCUGAUCGCCUUAAAGACGUGGAAGGCGCUAACUCUGGGUCUUCUAUCGUUGGUCCUCAGCGGGGCGAUGUUGAUCUUCAAAUUGACCAAACCGAAAGUCGCUUACGAACUUGUUCACUACGGUCAUCCACCUGUCGAACAUCCACCUCAUUGGGACACCGCACCCCACGGACCUUACAGAGCCUACAGAAAAUAA